GUUUUUUCGUCAGCUGCCUUCGAAAACGGUCCACCCGCUGCUUUGCUCCGAAGUGCCGCCGAGGAAGUUGUGUGGCCUUAAGAGGGUGUGCUUAAUUCCGGCGAUCGAGUGGCGACCUACCGUUGCCACCACCAAACCACUUUCCUGCCAUGUGGUUCCGAUCUUCAAGCAGCGCAACGUGCUUCCUGGCGGUGCUCGUAGCACUGCUUCCAUCGCUGUCGCUGGCCGAUAUCCCGAAGCCACCGGGACUGUCCGGUGGUGGUGGUGGCGGCAGUAGAAAGGAUAAGCUAAAAACGGAAAAAUUGCCCCCGUGUAAAGCGUGCACGGUGUUCGUCAAUUCGUUCGCCGACGGUAUCAAGCGCACGGAACGAUCCAAGCACGACGGUGGCGAUGCCGCUUGGGAGGAAGAGCGACUGGGUAGCUACAAAACGAGCGAACUGCGACUGGUGGAGAUACAGGAGCGUCUCUGCCAGGAUGUGGUGAGGGGCGAAGACCAGUGCCACCAGUUGGCGGAAGAGUACGAGCCACUGAUCGAGGUGUGGUGGCAAAACCAUCAAACGACGCAUCCUGAUCUGCAUCGGUGGCUGUGCGUGGACCAGGCGACCGUCUGCUGCCCGGAAGGGUUCUACGGACCCACCUGCGAACCGUGCCCCAGUUGCUUUGGCAACGGCAAAUGCAAGGGCAAUGGGACCCGAAAGGGCAACGGACGGUGUGCGUGCGAGGCCGGGUACGGCGGAGAAAACUGUGAUAGCUGCGCUCCCGAACACCACGAGGCGUUCCGCGACGAAACGAAACUGCUCUGCAGUCCGUGCCAUAGGGCUUGUGCCACCGGUGGCUGUACUGGGGCGGGUCCAAACGCCUGUCGCGUUUGUCGUGCCGGCUGGAUAAUGGACAUCGGACGGGGUGGCUGCGUUGAUGUGGAUGAGUGCGUCACUGGUAACCCGUGCACCAAGCAACAGUUUUGCGUAAACAACGAAGGAUCAUACAGUUGUUUAGAAUGCGAUAAAUCUUGCAACGGUUGCACCGGUGAUGGGCCAGAUUUGUGCGAUAAAUGUGCCAAUGGUUACGAGUUGCGCGACGGAAUGUGCACAGAUACGUCCAGCGAGCAGCGUAACCAGUACGCCAACUUCACUCGCUACCUCACCUACCUUGGGCUGUGCAUUGCCACGUGCAUCGUGCUACAGAACUCGACCUGGCUGGCCGCCCUCGUUGGGUGCGCCGUGGCGAUCUACAUUGCCGUGUCCGAGUACUGGCUCAACACCGCACCUCAGGCACCGGCUGGCGCCCCAUCGCCGCGGAUUUUGGACGAAAUCCUUCAGCAGCAAUAUUGAACCCAGGCUAUGUGGAAAGGAGGGCAACGCCCUCUGCGCGUUGCCUUUCUUUUUGGCUAUCAUAAGAAGAGAUCGCUGUUGAUCUUCAUGUACCGUUCGAUCUCGCAUGUGUUACUAUGUUUUAUUGAUCAAUGGCUGCGUGCGUGGCAACGUUGUGUCGUAUCGUUUUAUUAAUUUAACAGUAAACAACGAUUGUUUCAUAUCUUCCUCCCAUGGCUGGGGUGUGUUGCAAACGGACGAGCCACUCU